AUGUUGCAGACGCCCUUUCGUGUCCACCGCUGUCUCUUCGACGGCGCUUCAAUUCCGUGUCUGGCCUGGCCGAGCAAGCGCGACUUCAAGGAGGCGAAGGAUCUGCUGCAGCAUGCACAUGGCAUAGCACAGAGUCUGGGUGUCGACGGCAUCGUCGUGCAGGACUGCCCGCACUUGGAUGAUGCAGGCGGAGAGUACCUGCGGGUCUUGCAACAGAUCCAGGAACUGGACGACCUGGGUGAUACGUUGGGCUAUUCGUAUAUGGCUGCUGCAUGCAGCAAUAAGCAGAUGGGUGCAGGCUUCGCAGCUGUGAAGAAGGCACGGGCGAAACAAAGCACGCAUUGGUCAAAAUCUGCAGAACGGGCUGAUUCGGUCCAGCCAUCAGAGCCAACUGCAGACGCAACUGUGGACUCGGUUGAGCAAUCGCUGCCGCCUGCAGCGGCAAGCGAGGACGCGGUUUGGCCAUCGGAGCCGGCGGGUGCAACGGACGAAAUGGUCUGGCCGUCCAUGCCGCCUGCAGACGCUGCCUUGGACUCGGUUUGGCCAUCGGCGGCACCUGUAGGUGCAACUGUGGACUCUGUGUUGCCGUCGACGCCACUCGCAGGUGCAAGCAUGCGCUCGGUUUGGCUAUCGGCGUCGCCUGCGGAUACCAUCGAGAAAUCAGAUCAGCUGCAUGUAGACACAACCUUGAACUCAGUUUGGCCAUCAGCGGUGCCUGCAGAUGCAAAGGUCGACUCAGAUUGGCCAUCGACGGUGCCCGCCACAGGUGCAAGCAUGGACUCGAGUUGGCCGUCGGUACCGCCCGCAGCUGCGUUUGAGACACCGGAAUGGCCAUCAGUGACCCCUGCAGAGGAAACUGUGGACGUGCAAUGGCCAUCGGCACCACCUGCCGGUGCAACUGAGAAAGCCGGGGUUUGGCCAUCGAUGGCUUCUGGGGGCGCCGCUGUGGCUGUGUGGGGGCCGACGACCUUCGAGUUCACCAAAAGUCUAGGCAAAGUGGACAACACGGUCGCCUACUGCCCGGGGGCUUUCCUGGCCAUGGGGGAGGUCCUGUGCUUGGACCGGUACAUCAUGAUGCAAGUUCAUGUAGUCAACCGGGCAUUCCAGCGGGCACCUCUGGCAAUGGAGAGCGAGUUCGAUUUCCCACACAUGACCUUGGCGAAGCUUGAAAGUGGAGAGUCGGAGCACAUUGGCGAUGAGACCAUCUGGAAGAGUGCUGUCGAAAGCGGCGAGAUCAACAUCACCCGAAUGCUGACACAGCUGAACCACAACAUCAAAUGCUCUGGCCUUCCUUUCAGAUUGAUCCCGGUCCACGUUCGACAGUGCUGGCAUGGAGAGCGCUACAACAUCACAGGCCGUGUCUCUCCUGUUGUGGGUUUGCGUUCUAAUCCCGUUCAGCAUGAAACGUGUAAAACUCUAAAAUCUAAUCCCUAG